GUGUAUGUGUGUGUGUGUGUGUGUGUGUGCUCCCUGGCUAUAAAAGCCUCCGUCACGAGGGUGUUAUCCUGCAGAGGAGCUCAAGUGUCAGUUUGAGAAAGAGACAGAGACGAAACAGAAGACUUUGCUUACUUUCCCCGGGCUGUCCUGCCUCCUCUGCAUAAGCUGUAAUCAUGGCCAGAAACCUGCUGUCAAAUCCCAGUGGGGAAGAGCAGAGAAUACAUGACAUGGUAAUUGGCAGCUUGAGACUGUGCAUUUGCCUCCCAGAGGAGCUGGAUUCCUGGGAGCUGACGGAAAACGGCGGGAACCAGUGGAAGGUGGAGGACAUGCCAGGAGACUGUGGCCACGACUUCUGCAAAGACGGAGUGACUAAGUACUUCGCAACCUCGUAUGAGCUGUGUCUGAAGAGACAGGUGAUCGACUUGUUGUUGGAGGGUUACAGCUCUGAACAGCUGGAUGCUCAGCCUGCCGUCACAGUGGAGGACUGGUACUGUGGGAGGACAGACUGCGGCUGCACUUACCAAAUGACCGUGUGUCUGCUGGAUGAGAACAGGGAGGUCAUACAGGAGUUCAAACCUGAGCCGGUGACUCUCAACCCCGAGUCUGAUGACUGCUCGUGGAAACAGGUCAGCCAUACGUUUUCUGAAUACGGCACCGGAUUGCGUUUCAUCUCCUUUGAACACGGAGGACAAGACACCAAGUACUGGGAUGGCUGGUUUGGAGUGCGGGUCACCGGGAGCUCUGUCACUAUUGAAGUGUGAUGGAGGGGAAAACAGAGUGAGAGGAGAGAACUAGUGUAAUAUGAGGGCACCAGAGUGACGGACUGAAGGCUUCCAGGUUUCAACAGGAUCAGCUUUGCCCUUGCACCGAUACUGUAGCUUACACCUCUGUAGAGUGGGUUCUGACAGUAUUCACACCCCUUUAUUUUUUACAUACUUUAUUGUUGUAAAUUUUAAUUCUACAUAAAUAUCCCAUAAUGACAAAGUGAAAAAAAAUGUUUCGACAUUUUUGCAAAUGUCUAAUCUCGUAUUCAGUAUUCAGACCCUUUCCUGUGGUGCUCAAGUCGAAAACACUUAAAUCUGCUUAAAGGUGCAUCCUGUCUCCUUUAAUUAUCCUUGAGAUGUGUCUAGAACUCGACCGGAGUCCAUCUGUGGUAAACUGAUUUGAAUAGACAUAUGUACAUAAGGUCACACACACAAAAAACAAGUCAUGAAGUGCAAGGAACUCUAUGUAGACCUCCAUGAUAAAACUGUGGCUGAGCUUUGAGUGACAGCAGGAGAACAGCGGUGGUGGAAACGCCAGGCUGUGGGGGCUUCUCACUGGUGAGAGAUUUAAUUGAAGAAAACCUACUCCAAAGUGCAUGUGACCAGAGACUGGGGUGACUGUUCACCAUUCAACGCGACAAUGAUCCAAAGCAUACAGCCAAGACAACACAGUGGUCCAGACUUAAACCCUAUAGAACAUCUGUGGAGAGACCUGAAGAUUGCAGCUCGGAGGCGCCUCCCGACCAAUCUGAUGGAGCUUGAAAGGAUCUGCUAGAAAGAAUGGGAUAAACUGCCCAAAUCCCGGUGUUCAAAGCUUGUGAAAAAGACUCAAAUAGACCCCAGAACACUCAAAGCUGUAAUUGCUGCCAAAACGUCUUCUACAAAGUACUGAGUUAAGUUAUGAAUCAGAGAUUUCACUUUUUUUCUUUUUAGUAAAUUCGGAAAAAACAUGUUUUACAUUGUCAUUAUGGGUUAUUGAGUGUAGGUUGAUGGGCAAUUAAAUCUACAACACAAUAACGUGUGCAAAAAGCGAAGGGGUCCGGAUACUUUGGAAGGCCGCUGCACAGUGUAUCACAUAUAUAUUGCUGUUCAUGCUGUGGAAAUAAAGGUCGCAGUUCACUAACCUGUGAAACACACAAGACACUGUCAUGGUGGCAGGCAGCUUGGCUUUACUAACUUUAAAAUCACUGCUUACAACAAUCAUGAUCUGUUAAACUACUACCUCUGCACAGUGGCUGAUGGUGGGGCUCGACUACACGACUUGUUUGGUGGGUGGGGGUGUCUUAAGCAAUCAAAUGGUUGAAAUAAAGUGUCACCUAUUUAACUGUC